UUAAUUAUAUCCAUCAUAAUAAUAAUAAGCAUGAUUUUAAUAAAUUUGUUUUAUAUUAUUUCCAAAGAAGAAAGACAAAAAUUUAAUUUAAGUAUUCUCAUAUAUAUAAUAAUAGCAACUAUGUAUUUGGGGAUUUUUACUUUCACAAUAUUUGUAAGUAUUUUACAGGACAAAUUGCAUAAAAUGAACAAGAUUAUAAAAGAGGUGUAUGAGUUAUCAAAUACGAAAGAUAUUGAUGAAAGAUAUAAGAUACAAUCACAUAUUGCACAUAAAUUUAUAAUUAUAAUGGAUUAUUAUAAUAGAAAACAUUUUGUUCAACAUUUUCUUCAAGUUACAAGGUAUGUUCAUUUUGAGAUUUUAAAGCUUUCACGUGAACUUAAUCAAGCAUAUACUUAUCAAAUUCUAUUUGAUUUAAUAAUGCAAUUUUCAUUAUUAUUGUGUACACUUUAUAAUGAAUAUUUUUAUUUAAUAUCAUUGAAAUUCUCAAAAGCGUUAUCAGAUAAACAAAGUAUAGGAUUUUUAAUAUGGAUUUGUCUAUAUUUUACAAAAAUUAUUUGUAUAAAUAAUCAAUGCACUAAAUUCUAUCACGAGGUAGAAGUAACAGCAUAUUUGCUUCGAAAACUAGAUAUUUGCUACUUAGAUAAUUUCAUUAGAAACGAGGUGCAACAAUUUUUAUUACAACUUUCUCUUCAUCCUUUAAAAUUUACUGCUGGUGGUUAUAUUCUUAACAAUAAAUUAUCAACAAUGAUUUUUGGUACUAUAAUCACUUAUUUGAUUGUAUUAAUACAAAUGAGUUCGUCGCCAAGUUUGAUGAAAUCUUUAAACAAAAGUUUGUAAAAUUACUUUUAUAAUUUAUUAUUACUAUCAUGAUUUAUUUAUUACAUUUCAUAGUACAUCAAUUGUAAUUUAUAUAUAAUAAGUAAUAAAGUAAUAAAAAAAUAGU